CACUGCCCACUCGCCUGCGCCACGCUACCGGGAUGGCAGAGUCACUCGAUGAACACAUGGUGGAAAACUACACUGCUGACGURGAGAAUUUACUACUGACAACUGAAUUUGACUAUGGUGAGGCCAUCCCAUGCACAAGAAUCGAGGAAAGGAACUUUGCAGCAAAAUUUCUGCCACCACUUUACUCUCUGGUGGUGAUAUUUGGCCUCCUGGGCAACAUGCUCGUUGUCCUUAUUCUGGUGAAAUACAAGCGGCUCAAGAGUAUGACUGACAUCUACCUGCUCAAUUUGGCAAUUUCUGAUCUGCUCUUCAUAUUUUCCCUCCCGUUUUGGGCUUACUAUGCUGCCCGGGAGUGGAUUUUUGGCGAUGCGCUCUGCAAGAUUCUCUCAGGUGCCUACCUGCUCGGCUUCUACAGYGGCAUCUUUUUCAUCAUCCUCCUCACCAUAGACAGGUACCUGGCCAUAGUGCACGCGGUGUUUGCUUUGAAAGCCAGAACAGUCACCUACGGCAUCCUGGCCAGCACUGUCACUUGGGUUGUUGCUCUGUUAUUCUCCCUCCCCGGAGUCUUCUUUCACAAAAGUCAAAAGGAAAAUUCRCGCUAUACUUGCAGCCCCCAUUAUCCAUCAGACCAGAGAAAUGCAUGGAAGCAGUUCUUGACUUUAAAGAUGAACAUCCUGGGACUUAUUCUCCCCAUGCUCAUUAUGAUCUGCAGCUACGCACAAAUUAUAAAGACAUUACUGCAAUGUAGGAAUGAGAAAAAGCACAAAGCAGUCAGGCUUAUUUUUAUCAUCAUGAUCGUCUACUUUUUGUUCUGGGCACCAUACAACAUCACUAUUCUCCUGCGUGAUUUUCAAGUAUCAUUAUCCCUCAACACUUGCGAAAUCAGCGGUCAGCUGGAGAAAGCAAUCCAAGUGACAGAAACCAUUUCAAUGAUCCACUGUUGUAUCAACCCRGUGAUCUACGCCUUUGCUGGAGAAAAGUUCAGAAAGUAUCUCCAGUGCUUUUUCCGAAAGCACGUUGCAUCCCACCUCUGUAAAUAUUGCCCAGUUUUCUAUGUUGACCCAGCUGAACGGGCGAGCUCCACCUACACACAGUCUACGGGAGAGCAAGAGGUCUCUGCUGCACUGUAAACUGCCUCUAAAAAAAUAGUGGAAUUAACUUUUUUAAAAUCAGUUCCAUGAAGGAUGCCUGGAAAUCUGUUCUCUGGAUAUUGCCUCUAAGGCAGCCACAGAAGCACCUGGCACAGAUGUCUACCAAGCCUUAUCUAUAUUUUGUAUGGGUAUUUGUACAUAAAUGAAGAGCUAACUGGAUAUGCAAAUGUAGGAUUCUGCGAGGCAAGAAGUAUUCUUUUUCUUUCAUGAACGUAAAAGCAGAGCUUUUUACUGAAAGGCCCAAAACUCCCAAAGACUGAGGGCUUUCUCUGUACACUAUGCUAGCRGGCCUAUAAACUGAUUUUUUAAGUGAAUUAUUAGGAGGUGAAAAAACAAUACUGGCUCUCUGGAAGCAUCUCAUGACUGUACCUUACAGAAGAUCUUUCACUCAGUUAAACUCAAGUGUUGGUCACACUCUAUAUUAGCCUCAUUUUGUUCCUGGGUAGAUAAUGUUAAAUCAUCAAGGCCUGUGAUACAGAAUCUUUAGAGGGAUAAGGGAAAACUUUGUACUUCCCAAAGRGCCUCUAAUAUUUAUGGUAUUUUUUCUUUGUGUUUAUCUGAACUCUGAACGCCAACAUCUUGGUCUUGUCU